UUAGCUCCGAGAGAGCAUGCUCAAGAGUGCCCGUCGACGCGACCAAUAAGAACGCGAGUUGCUAUCCCGGCGGAAGCCUGGAAGGGAAGGUGGCUGCUGCAGUCAUGGCGGACGAAGAAGAGGACCCUCCUUUUGAAGAAGAUACUGAGGAGGCUGGAGGAGGCCCAGAUGGUGCACAGGGGAAAAGGAAGAGGCUGUUCUCCAAGGAAUUAAGAUGUAUGAUGUAUGGAUUUGGAGAUGACCAGAAUCCUUACACAGAGUCAGUGGAUAUUCUUGAAGACUUGGUUAUAGAAUUCAUCACAGAAAUGACCCACAAAGCAAUGUCAAUUGGACGGCAAGGUCGAGUACAGGUUGAAGAUAUUGUCUUCCUGAUCCGUAAAGACCCACGGAAGUUUGCUCGUGUGAAAGACUUGUUAACAAUGAAUGAAGAACUGAAACGGGCCAGAAAGGCAUUUGAUGAAGCAAACUAUGGAUCUUAAGGCAUCAUGUGAUGCAGAUGGGUGGUAUGUGCAGAAUGGUAUGUUUCAUUUUUCUGACUUGUGUUGUCCUCUCAAGGAUUCACCAAACAAACUGAAGUUCUUGCAGUCCCCAUGACAGUGUGGACCAUUACAGUAGUACUUUACUAACGGGAACAAAUCUCUGCAGUUUGAGGGUGGGUGGGUGAUGUACCUUCUCUUCCCAAAUAUACCUUAAGUGGCAAUUCUAGUGGCUUUUAAAUUCUGUGAAAAUUGGAAAACACACCACUGUGCAUAGCUCUAGGUUAAUACCAACAUUGUGAAAACAAUAGCAAUCUUGCUAGUUGUACACCUCACAGGAACUUACUCCAAAAUGAGGUGCCUCAUUCCAUAAACACAGGAAUGAAAGCUAUGGGCAAUUAUGUCAAGAGAUCAGAGCUAUUGGCAGUUGAGGCAUAUAUUAUAGGCAGUUUUAUUUGUUUCUUUGAGUAAGUGGAGGAAACACUGUAUUUGUACUUUUUUUCAGCUGAGGGAGAAAGGCCCGUAACAGGUGCUAACAUGUUUGGAUAUUGCCGCUACUAGAAGACAAACCAACACUUUGUUUUGUAAAUGUUAAUUCACAGGGGGGAACUUUGUAACUGGAACAAUUGUUUUGUUUUUUGAGGGUUGUUGUUUUGCUUAGUUACUGUAUAGAUACACUUUGUAUAACUGAUUCAAUUUAUGAAUUGCUUCCCAUUGUUAUUUCACAGUAAAUACUAGUGAUUUGGAAUUCUUAAUGAAUAUGAAUAAACACUUUCACCCAUGCAUCUCUUGUAAUGGGAGAAACCAA